AUGGGUAUGCCAACCCUCAAGCGCUUUGCACGGCCGUUGGACUGGACGCAGAUAGAGGCCGUGCUGCGCCGCUACGGCCAGCUUGUUGCAACGGACCAAGCCAUGCCUCAACAGGCCUUGCCUCCCGUGAUGAUCCGGUUUCCCGGGGAAUCGCGACGGCACGUCCGUGCGAGGUCCGCGACGGUUAGCUCGCCCUUCGAUCGGAAGGGGCCCGAGGAUCCCGUCUACCUCUAUCUCCACAUGGAGAACUUCCAGGAUCCAGGUCAGCGCCCUCCGCCGCGGCUGGAGGGUCUUGAUGAGGAUGCCUUGUCAUCUCUGCCGAUCCCUCCGCCGCUCGCGACGCCCAGGGCUCUCGGGGAGGACAAGGAACAGAUGACGCCUGCUGCAGCCCCCAAAAGGAGGGCGAGACAGCGGAGGAGUCGAGGGCCUCGGCAAUGA